GUGAGACUGCGGAGCUGGCUGGCGGCGGCCCAGGCCCAGGCUCAAGGCUGGGAGGGGAUUUCCUCAGGCUCCCUCCCCCAAGGCAGGGUGGCUGGGAACUUGCCAGACAAAUUUAGUUCGAGGAGGGGCCAAGGAUCACCCAGAAAAAGGGCAAGAACUUCAGGGCAGCAGAGGCACCCCUCCGCCCGGGAGGUAACACGGAAAGCAGCCUGCCCUGCCUCGGACGCCUCCCGCGGGAAGGAGUUUCCUCGUUUGUAAAAUGGUACUGUAACGAAGAUGACAGGAGAUAAGGCACGCGAAGCACCGACCCUGGCGCCAGGCACACCUGAAACCUCGGACAAUGGCUGCUACUCAUGGUUUGGAGAUGAAGGUGGAGAAUGUGGGUGGAGACGUGGAAGGAGCGCUGGAGGAAGAGGAGAAGAUGAGAGAGGAUGGGGAAGGUGAAGUUCCCUUCAAGAGUAAAAAGGUCCACAGGAUUGUCUCAAAAUGGAUGCUUCCUGAAAAUGCCCGGAGAACGUACCUGGAGAGAGCCAACUGCCUCCCACCCCCAGUGUUCAUCAUCUCCAUCAGCCUCGCCGAGCUGGCUGUGUUUAUUUACUAUGCUGUGUGGAAGCCUUAUAAACAGUGGAUCACCUUGGACACGGGCAUCUUGGAGAGUCCAUUUAUCUACAGUCCUAUGAAGAGGGAGGAAGCCUGGAGGUUUAUCUCAUACAUGCUGGUGCAUGCUGGAAUUCAGCACAUCUUGGGGAAUCUUGCUAUGCAGCUCGUGUUGGGCAUUCCCUUGGAAAUGGUCCACAAAGGCCUCCGAGUGGGGCUGGUGUACCUGGCAGGAGUGAUUGCAGGGUCCCUGGCCAGCUCUGUCUUUGACCCACUCAGGUAUCUUGUGGGUGCUUCCGGAGGCGUCUAUGCUCUGAUGGGAGGCUAUUUUAUGAAUGUUCUGGUGAAUUUUCGAGAAAUGAUUCCUGCCUUCGGAAUUGUCAGACUACUGAUCAUCAUCCUCAUAAUUGCGUCGGACAUGGGAUUUGCUCUGUACCGAAGGUUCUUUGUCCCUGCAAAUGGAUCACUGGUGUCUUUUGCAGCUCACAUUGCAGGUGCAUUUGCUGGAAUGUCCAUAGGGUACACUGUGUUCAGCUGCUUUGACAAGACACUGCUGAAAGACCCACGGUUUUGGGUGGCAAUUGCAGCGUAUUUAGCUUGUGUCUUGUUUGCUGUGUUUUUCAACAUCUUCUUAUCCCCAGCAAACUGAUCUGCCCCUAAUAGAAACCAAUUAAUAAAAAAGAGCCAUCUGGGAAAAGAAAACUGGAGAACUCUAUGAAGAAACAGAGAAGUCCCAGCAAGUGCCAACAAUUCUAAAAGAAGGCAGAAUGCCACUGAGGUCAUCAGUGGCAAAGACUUCUAACAAAAGGACUUAGGUUUUAAGGAAGGAGCUUCUAAAUGCAAGGGGAGGAAAGAGGAAGACAGAAAAUGGAAGUAAAAACCAGAAACUGGGUCUUUCCCAGGCAUAUGGUGUAAACGCACGUAUCCUGUAAAAGAGACUUGUUCUUGGAGGUUGUAUCAUGGAGAGGGCUUGACGGAGUCCAUGAGUACUGUACUAUGCUGACAAUAAAACUUUUCAUACUUGUGUCA